CUUUUGUUAUCGCAUACGUUUGUCUACUCUUUAUAUGAUAUUGAUGUCUAAGUUUCGUUGCUGCCCAAAACAUCCUUAUAUUAAUAAUAUAAAGGUUGUCCUUUUGAAUAAUAAGGAGAUUUGCUAUAAAUUCACCAACGAUACUCUUGUUGAAGAUAUCUUCCAUGAAGUAUGUUCUUCUAUGGAUUUGCACGAGCGUGAUAUAUUUGGCCUUGCAAUGCUUUGUAAUGAUGAGGGUUGGCUAUUUUUAGAACCUAGUGAGUUCAUGCACAGGAUAAUAAUCAAUUAUUUCGUGACAACUGAUCAAAAGUGUUCCGCCGGUCUUUUGUCUUUACCGAUAAAUAAGCCAAUGUAUCAUUGUUCAUUACAAUCAUCAUAUCCAACUGUAUAUUUUCGCAUCCGAUUUUAUCUUCCGAUACAUUGUAUAAAUGAACGCGCAACACAACAUAUUUAUUAUUUACAACUACGAAAAAAUCAUGUUGCCUAUGAAUUAUUUUGUGAUCCAAAUGUAUAUUUACAGUUAGCAGCGUUUGCGCUACAGGCUGAAUUGGGUGAUGCACCAAAAUAUUUUAAUCCGGAAUCUGAAACAUCCUAUUUUCUACCAGAACUUUAUUAUCCUAAGAAAUUUAUUAAAUCGUGUGAUAGUGUUGAACUAGCCUAUUACACUUAUAUACAUCAUUCAGCGCUUCAGAAUACUGUAACCUAUCUUGCUGAGUUUCAUUUUAUUCAUCUGGCAACAAAGCUGAACUCUGAUUUCAAUUUACAUUUAUAUCCACUUGAGAAACCUACUCACAAAUGCCGCUUCUCUGUAUGGAUUGGUAUCAGUCCACAAGGAGUUACAUUAUAUCAGCAAUUCCCAGAUUAUUGGAUUGUUCCAACUAAUCGUAUUAAAUGGAAUGAAAUUAAACGAAUUUAUUACAAUCAUAACACUGUAACUAUUCAUCUACGCUCUAAGGCCCGGAGGCGUGAUUUCAAAAUGAAAAGAACUUUAUCAGCAAGACAUUUAUUUGCUUUAAUUACUAAUAUGCAUUUCUAUCAAUCAAUAGCCGAAAUGUCUGCAACUCACUCGAACGAUUUGUUGGGGAAAAUUGAGUUAAGAUAUUCUACAAAACCAUCGAUUUAACAAUACAUUCGUGCAGUUAAUAAAGAUUUAGCAAGUAAUUAAUCAAGAUGUACAUUAGUUGGCAACAAAGAUCAUUUGUUAUUUUAUGUCAUUACAAUGUAAUUAAAUAUUUAAUCAAAACAGAGGAAAACUUCAUGAAUAUGAGAUUACUACUCAAAUGAAGAAGGCUAUAAUCUAGUACGUUUUUGUGUAUAUUUUCUUUUAUUUUGACUUUUUUUUCAAUUCGGAUUUUGUUAAAUAUGCCCAGAUAAUAUAAAACAAAAGAAAUAUUUAAUUAUUAUCUAGUCACAUUACAUUUAUUUGUUGUUUAUUGAAGUUUGAAGUGAAUAUCUGAACAAAUUUGUCGUAAUUUCCACACCAAGUUGAGAAUCAAAAAUAAUUCUACAUUAUUAAUUAUUUGUGGAUUUUGUAUCAGUUAUAAACAUUUCAUAUUUACAGAUAGGUUAAAGAAAAAUAUCCAAAUAGAUGUUGAUAAUUAUAAUAUAUGAAGGAGAUUUCCCUUUGAAU